AUGGACCCAAUACUAGAUCGUAACUCUCCAUCAGCCCGCACCUUCAGAGCGCAUGCGGUGCUCAAAGAUAUGUCCAAGGCAUCUGGUAUUGCCAAUGUGCUUGUUACCACUCCCCUCUGGGUGGUCAACACCAGACUGAAGCUCCAGGGUGCAAACUUCCGCAAUGCUGAUAUCCAGCCCACUUGCUAUUCUGGAAUUCAAGAUGCUUUUGUACAGAUUAUUCGUGAUGAGGGGGUGGGAGCCCUGUGGAACGGGACCUUCCCCUCCUUGCUACUGGUACUGAACCCUGCCAUCCAGUUCAUGGUGUAUGAAGGCCUGAAGAGACAGUUGAUGAGGGGCAUUCACAGAGAGCUGUCAUCUGUGGAGGUCUUUGUGAUUGGGGCUAUUGCCAAAGCACUUGCCACCACCAUAACUUACCCCCUUCAGACUAUACAGUCCAUCCUCAGGUUUGGUCAAAUGAAAGGGUCAACAGGGAAAUCCCAACUGCUGACCAGUCUGAUGAUGGUCAAGAGUUUGCUGGUCAACAGAAUGAGGAAGUACGGCAUGUUGGGUCUUUUUAAAGGACUGGAGGCCAAGCUGCUGCAGACGGUCCUGACGGCUGCCCUCAUGUUCCUUCUCUAUGAGAAGAUAGCCAGCAACACCUUCAAAAUCAUGGGUCUGACGAAAGCUGUGCAGAGCAAGCGAUAGCCCCCUUUUUUAUUUCAUAUCCCUCCAUUCAGCUAAGUGUGCACCUCAUAAAAUGGGGAAAAUAUGUACCUCAGUAGGUAUUUGCCAUGUACAAAAGACUAUUGAGUAUUUUAAACCGAAGCCACGUGGCCCUGUAGGAUUCUGCUGUUGUACAGUGUGAACACAGGGCUGUUGAUCUCAGCAACUUUAAGUUUAAUGUUUUCCUCAGGGACACUUUAACGGGGGAGAUACACCAACACGUUGGCUGUUGUGGGGAUCUGGUCUUUGAGGCCACCUACUUUUUACUGAAUUUUCUUUUCAUUUAAAUAUUUGUACCUGCUGGUGUAUCUUUCCCAUGAGAAGGUAUUGUGUAGUAGUUGGUUAUCGCCUACAGUCAUCCUGAGAGGUUUAUGGCCUGCAUAUAUAUAUCAAAGAACUGUGCUUUUCAACUGCAGUCAUUUUGUUGAUGCAGCAAAGACUCCUUUGUGUGCCACUUGAGCUACACAUAACAUGUCUUUUU